CCGGAGUCGACGCUCGCCACUCAGCCGGCCGCCAUGGACGCGGACGACUUCCGAGCGAUGCUCGAGAGCAUGCUGCAGCUGCAGCUGGACUGCCCGCCGGACGGCGAGGAAGCCACCACCGCUCCUCCAGACGCCGCCGCGGCAGACAAGUACAACGACCACGCAAAGGUGAAGCAAUCGGCGGCCGAAUGGACGGAGCUGAUGGUGGGCGAGAUGGCGAGCGCCGGCUCCAUGAACGACGCCCGGCAACGCGCCGCGAAGAUCCUCUAGGCCUUCGGCGACGCCGUCUGCUCCCUCGCGGCGCGCGUCCUCGCCGACAAGGACCGGGAGCUGGAGAAGGUCCGACGGCACAACGCCAUCCUCAAGAGGGCGGUGCUGCUGCAGCACCGGCAGCACGUGGAGGACGAGGAGGAGGGCAGGGAGCUCCAGGGCCAGGUCGCCCGCCACCGGGAGCAGGUCCGGCAGCUCGAGGCCGACAAGUAUGUACUGUCCAUGCACCUCAGGAACGCCGGUGGCGGGGCC